UUCGUCUGCUCUACAUGUUUAACGCGACGUGUGAAGGCUCGUCGUCUGAAGCGGCUUCAAGUUAGUAAGUCAGACGUGGGAAUUGCCCACCCACACACCCCUAUUAUUUCCACCUCUCUUCUCGACCACUACCAUCCAGUGCAUAUCCCCAUGAACAAUCCUGAGCUUCAAACAGAAGUUGGUAAACCCACCUGGGCUACUGACACUGGGGCCCUAGACUCAGACAGUGUCCCAACACCGCACAGUCGACAUCCAGUGGUUAAACGAAUGCUGGCGUUAAUCGUUCUCGGACUCUCGCUUGCGGCGUCUUUCGCUCUCUUCGUCCCGAGGCAAAUCACAACGAUGUCCCACGUUCUAGGAGCCAUCUACCUCCUCCUCAUUUUGCUCGGUGCAAUCUCUCCAAAGGUCUCUUUUAACGGCCUGUGUCUGCCGGUGCUCCUAGCUUGGUCAGUUGGUGCUAAUCUCCUCGUGCUCAUAUGGACCAUAGGUUCUCCCGGCUACGGUGUUCUUGCGUUAGGACGCAUGAUCCCCCCGCUACCGUUGACAGGAGUUAAUUUACUGUCCGCCAUCUAUCUCGUGGAAGGAGAGAUUCCGUUACACAAGAUGGGGAUGUUCGGGGCUAUCGUCAACCACCUGAGGAGCUUCAUAAUCAGAAAACUAUGCAAGAAGACAGACAAGGAGGAGGAGAAGACUGUGAUGGUCUAAGGACAGAUAGGGAUUCCCAGUGAAUAAUUUUUGAAUCUUUUAGUGAUAUCCGCUACCAGUCCUAUGGAUUGCUUCGGCCCAUCGGACGAAGUGAGCCUUUAGCUUUAGGGCUGCAUUCCAUUAUGUUAGCGUCUCUGUUGUAUUGUGUUCACUAUUCAGCGACAAGUUGUCAACUUCCGCACCGCGUUCGACGGAGCUGUUGAAAGUCCUUCUCCAUUAUUUCUCUGAGCACUUAUUCAA